UCUUGUUCUUCUUUUCUUCAUCUUGUCGUUGCUCAUCUUGCCCUUUUGACACUAUGGCUAGUAUAGGCAUAAGAAGGCCAAAUUCGCCUUUGGCGUCAAGUCAUAUCAUGCCGUCACAUAACCCUAUUCAACUAGCAGCUAUUUCGAAUUUUAAGUUAGCUCAGCUUACUUUUGCUCCUCCCGACCUUCACUCACUUAGAAAGACAGCGGUUAUCAAGAAUAUGUUGGAAGAUGUUUAUAUCAGUACACCUGUCGAGUGGUUACAACAAAUGACUCGUUGGCAGUUUUUUACGCCCGAGUCGCUGGAAGAAAUGACACAAGAAGGUCUAGAAGAAAUAUUUGCCCAGUAUGCACAGACAAUUGAAGCAUUUAGACCUGUCAAAUCUAUUCCUGUUUAUCACUAUGAAGAAGACGUAUUUGAUGAUGAAGAUGAUGGUCAAGGAGGAGAUGAUCUUUGGAUUGCAGAAGAAGAACAACCAGUAUCUCAAUCCAAAACAAAUUCGAUUGAUUCAACCACAUCUUCUAUUUUUUCUCAACCAAACAUGACACUUUCAACCGAAUCUAUUGCGGAGACACCUAUGCGUGCGCCUUCGCCACUAUCAGAGAAACCUCUGCCUGCCAAUCCAGCCUCAUCCAAUGACGAUACUGCCAAACAAGCCAGAAGGAAAAGCGGAUUUGGAGGUAACAAGAACAGGUUGAGUUGGACAAGUGAUACUGGUAUCACAUCCAGUGCUGUUUCUCAAAACUUGGCAAAUGAAAUCAUGAGUUUAUUUGAUAUGGACUUUGCUGUUGACAUCAAAGUAGAUACAGCACCCAAAUUACCUGAGCUGCCAUUUAGACCUCGAAGAAGAUCACAACAGCGACAGUCCCAAGACAUGUUGACAAGCUUAAUCCCUGCUUUUGACAAGAUUGCACUCGAGAACUCAAGCGAAAAACUUGAUUAUGAUUAUCAGCGAAACAAUGCACCUCGAGUGAAGCCCAACUUGAUGGUCAAAACUGUACCUCAAAGAUCUUCUUCUCUUAGACAUCGACAACAAAUAAAGGAAGCUGCUACACAACCUCCGCCUAUUCCUCCACCUACAAUACCCGAUACCCCCGUUGAAAAGACCUUAUCUAAAAAGAAAUCCAUCCUUCGACUCAUUACUGGAAAAAAAUCAUCCCAUCAAAAAGAUAUCCAUCAUGGUCUUGAGGCUCAAUCUGACACUUCCAUUGCUUCCAACAAUAAUACUGCUAUAGUAAACACAUCUCGCAAGACAAGUACAUCUACAAUCAAUUCAAUUGCCAGCACCUCUUCCUCUUGGUCUUGUGUUUCAGAUGCUAAUAAUGAAACACCUAAAAGACCACAAAAGCCAUUGCCAGAUCCUCCCUUAUCACCCGAUAUGCCUACUAUGGAAAGUGAUUCGAACAGCAAGAAACACACCCGUCACCAACAUCGUUCAACAAAAAAGAAGAGAAAAUCUGUGAUGGAAAAAACAAUGUCUAAACGCAAGAGUACAAAUGGUCUUCAAUCUAUAUCUAAUAAUACACCACAAGAAAAGGGUCUUAGCCGGUCUAAGUCUGCUUUUAUCAAGAUUGGCAACCUCAAGAACAAGAACAAGAAACAAAUUAGAAGAACAUCUUCUGCUAAGGUUUUGACACAGCAAACCUAUAUAGAUGAACCAUCAAAGCUUGAGACUCAUUUCCAAUAUCAUACUUGUUCUGAGGUCAAUCAAAUGUAUGCUGAAUCUUCAGGAGAAAUCUCACCCACGCCUUCUCAGAGUUUUGUUAAAAGAAUGGCUUCUUUCAGUUGGAGAAUGAAGUCUCGCAAUAAGACUGUUGAGGUUUAAUCCUUGUUGAUACCCCCUUUUUUGUGUCUAAUUUCGAUAUAUAUUUACCAAUCAAGCUACAAAAAAAAAGUACUAGUGUGUAUAUUAUAUGCGUAAACAAAACACUUUGUAUAGCUGAGCGCAUAUUUACAGUAACACAAGAGAACGGAUCACAACUAGUUUAAAAAAAUAAACAUGUUUCCUAAAGCAUAAUUCUCCCUCCUUU